AUGAUCAUCCCUUUCCGGCCACUCCGCCACACUUGGAGCGUUUUGCUGCUCCCUUCUCUCCCUUUCCCAUUCCGGCCGCUGCACUCUGCCGUAGAUUCUAGGCCCUUCUCCCCGUCGAGGUGCUAUCCCGUCGCCUCCCCGCCGCGAUCCUUUGUCGCCAUGGCCGAAUCGGAUGCCUUUGUCAAGGGUGCCGUCCACCCCAACGGCCUCGCUGUUAUCACGCUCGAUCGCCCCAGGGCCCUCAAUGCCAUGAAUGUGGAUAUGGAUAGAAAAUACACAGACUUCCUUGAUCAGUGGGCAGUCGAUUCUAAUGUCAAAUGCGUUUUGGUUGAAGGCAGCACCUCUCGAGCAUUUUCAGCAGGGAUGGACAUUAAGGGUGUUGCUGCUGAAAUUCAGAAGGACAAAAGUGGAGAUGUCAAGUUCCUCACUACCAGAUGCACUAAAUCAGAAAUUUAUGAGGUGUUUGCUGCAGAAUAUUCUCUCAUAUGUAAAAUUGCUGGAUACAAAAAGCCUUAUAUAUCUUUUAUGGAUGGUGUGACAAUGGGAUUUGGAAUUGGUCUUUCUGGUCAUGGCCAAUACCGAGUUGUCACAGAGAAAACUCUUCUUGCAAUGCCAGAAAAUGGAAUUGGUUUGUUUCCUGAUGUGGGGUUUUCAUAUAUAGCAGCUAAAAGUCCAGGAGAAGGAGCAGUAGGUGCUUAUCUUGGACUGACUGGAAAGAGGGUUUCAACUCCUGCUGAUGCUCUGUUUGUGGGUCUGGGAACUCAUUAUGUCCCUUCUGGAAGCUUGGAGUCACUAAAGGGAGCCCUUCUUGGAACAAGCUUUUCUGAUGAUCCCCACAAGGAGGUGCAGGCAUUGUUGGCUGAAUAUAGCAAGAAGCCUGAAUCUGACGCUCAACUACAAGUUCUUCUUCCACAGAUAGCUUCUACUUUUGGGUCUCAUAAACCAGUGACAGAAAUAGUGCAAGAGUUGAAGCAGCACGAACUUGGUGAUGAUGUGAAAGUUGCAGACUGGGCUAAAGAAGCACUUGCUGGAUUGAGCAAAGGUGCUCCUUUUUCUCUUUGCUUGACAGAGAGAUACUUUUCCAAGGUGGCAUCUGCAAAAGGGAUCGCCGGACAUCAUCUUUCUACAUUAACGGGUGUUAUGAAGACUGAAUAUCGGAUCGCUCUGAGGAGUGCUGUGAGGGAUGAUUUUACUGAAGGUGUUCGAGCAGUCCUUGUGGACAAAGACCAGAACCCAAAAUGGAAACCUUCUGCAUUGGAUGAUGUUGACAUCAGCGAAGUGGAUUUUCUUUUUGAGCCAUUAUCUGGCAUUAACGAAUUAGAUGUAUGAUCUUUAUUGUUUCAUGUAAUAAUUGUUAAUAAGCUUGCGGACGGCUUGGACAUAUAGUACAAUAAUAUUCAUGUAAAAGGUUACU